AUGUCACUCAGGUCACCCUGUGCAAAGCUCACCGCACCCAGCCGACGCUGGUUCAUCCGGCGAAUGAGGCUGGACUGCCUGGGCGGCAUCUUCAAGAAGUCGGUGAAGCUGCCGGUCUCGCCUGGGAAGGUUCCCAUCUACGUGAUGUUGCAGCUCGACUGGCUCUCAGAUGAUGGCCAAUCCUUGCGCUACAAGGAGCAGCUCCAGCGGCAGCUUUCGGCUGCAAAGCGGGCUGGGAUCAAGGGAGUCAUGGCCUGGAAGCCUGGAGGAUUUGUCCGAUGCGUCCGGCCCGAGACGGAGCAGACGACCCCUGAGAGUUGCCGUGGACCGCUACGCGGCUCGAAGCGCGUGGACCGCCGGCGCGCGCCGCGCGGCGUGGACGCGCGGCGUGGACCGCCCAUGGCGGAGCCGGAGCUCUUGGAGCAGUGGCUGUCGGAGGUCCCAAAGGAACAGCCGGAUGAGCUUUGGCCACCGCCCCUUUGGCCCGGACACUUUUGCAAGAAAUCCUUGCUCCAGCUGCGCGACUCGAGCGGCCUGGCGGCGCAGUCGCCGCCGUACAGCUUCGCGGUCCGCUAUGACUUGCGGCCCUUGACGAAGCAGAUGGGUGAGAAAUCGGCUUAUUUGAUGCUCAUGGACGGCGAGACCCUGCGCCGCAUUGGCAAAGGCAGCGGCUUGGACCUCAUCGCCGCAACCAAGAGCUGGAUCGCCCGGACUGCCCUCUGCGCUCCACCGCAACUCUUGGCCAGAAACGCCCAGGGAAAAUUGACGGGGGAGAUCGUCGUGCAGCCCGAUCCACAUCUGUACUCCAAUAGCGAGGGCGUCCUUUUGAUGACUGUGGUGCUCACCACUGACAUCAAAGACACCCAUCUCUGGCAACCUGCAGGUGAUUUGAUGAGCUAUCGAUUGGGAAGCCCUCCCGUGCAGUGUGGACUUUGUGGCACCACCGUGGCGCUUCGGGAGCUCUAUGCGCACCAGAACGAGUGCCCUGAGGUGAUGGUGCCUUGCCCUCGCUGCGACAAGCGGGUGCUCAUCCGACAUCUCUCCGCCCACCAGAAAGGCGACGACUGCCUGAGCUCUACGGGCAUGGCGACGCAGACGGUGGAUCUGGACACCGAAGAUGUGGGUUCUCAAUGUGUGACGCCCGCGCUGCUGCCCGUGGGAGUGCAGACCAGUUACAGCUCGGCCAUGCUGGCGCCCAAGCUGGUGUGUGAGGAGCCGGUGGCAGCGCUGGUGCCCUUCUUGGCACUUCGUUGGGCGCCACCCACCCCGCAGGUGCGGCAGCUGCUGACAGAGUACCAGCUCACAGUGAGCGAGUUUGUGGGAGAGCAAUGGAAGCUUUUGAGAGUUGAACUCCUCGACAUCGAACGGCUGGAGAGGUCCUCGGGGAGCGGCGAGCUCCGCCACGAGCUCACGCAGCUGCGGCCGGGGACGAAGUAUCGGCUCGAGCUCCAGCUGCGGGCAUGCGAUGGGGCCUUGGGCCCCAUCCGUGCACGGGCGGUGUUGACCAUCCACACGUUGAGCCGGUUGGCCGGCUUCGAGGGCCUCUCAGAAGAGGAGCGCUCCAGCCUGUCUACUGCCAUGGAGUCUGGGAAGGGGAGGCCCGAGUCCUUGAGUGUGCGAGAGCAGGCGACACAAGCGGGGCCCGGCUUCGUGCAAGGUGCUUGCAAGAGCGAAAUGUGCCGCGAGAUUGGCGUCCAAGCCUUCCCGAAGGUCUGCACUGAGAGUGCCUGCCAAGUGGAUCCCGUCGUGGCCGGACGCACGGACACCGCUUGUGGUCCUGAGUGGCCCAGCCUUUCCAGCUGCGGCGUGCAGUGUAAGGUGAAGAGCUGCGACUCCUCGAGCCAAUGCGAAGUGAAAUCCGUUCAGAGCUCCUGUCAGGCGCAAUUCCCCUCUCGGCAGCAGACGGGCGACGCAAAAGCCGACCUGGAGAUGGAUGUGUAUUCAGGGGUUCCAGGCUGGAGGGAAGUGCUUCUGCAAGCCGGUUUCGUAGACCUCCUCCGCUUUCUGCUGGUCUUCUUUGGGAACGGCUUGGCCUUGGCGGGCAUCCUCUUGGCGGAGCUGCCCUCACAGGAGCUGUGGCCCAUGCUUGCCAGCCUCAUUGCAAUCUUGCCCUUCAAUGCGCUGGAGCCACUUGGGCAGCCGAGCGGUGACGGAGACAGCUGGGACGACUGGCAGAGGGCUGCGGUGGUGGGCUUGACACCGGACGCCUUGCAGCUCUACCGUGCACCCAUGCAGCCGGGCGGACGCCGCUUCACUGGUGUGGUGGGCCCCGCUCCGGAGUCGGGGGCGCCCACGGGCGCUGUGCGGAAGGUGCCGGGCACGGCGGAGCUGUGUGCUGUGCAGUGCCCGAUGUGUCGGCAACUGUCGCCGAUUCCUCGCAUGGGCGACUUGUGGCGAAGCACUCGCUUCCUUCUCUACUGUCAUUUGCCCCAGCUGGUUCUGGCCUCCUGGCUGCUGGGCCGUCGCCUUGCGGCUCUGGGUUCAGACCUGGACUAUGGCAGAGCCGCUAUACAUGGUGGUGCUGUAGCAGCCCAUGCCAUUCUGGUGUUUUGGAUCUUUGGCUAUUGGAUCCUCUACAGAUGUCGCCGUCGCGCCCAGCAGCUCAAAGUGGCUGACCUUUCAGCAGAGUUAGAUGUGGACACAGUGAAGCUGAGAUGGGAGGGCAUUCAAGAGGUGCUUUGUGAAGCCUGGUUCGUGGUUUUUCACAGCUUCGAUCGGAAGAACAUCCUCCGUAUUGAGAUGCUGCCUUCGGAGCCCCUGAACCAGCUACCUUCCGAUCCUGCUUUAGAGUUACACGGCAUUCCUUCGGGCCACUUCUGGAUCUCCGUGCUCUCCUGGCACCGCUCGGGCGGGCUAUCGAUGCCUUUGGCCAUGGGCCACUGUGAAAUCCCUGGGAACGAGGAGGAGGAGGAACUCAAAGGUCCGCGGAAGUCUUGCGUGGACGCGCAGACUGAGGCGUACCCUAAGGUGCACGACGUGGGGACGGAUCCGUUGCAUGUGCUCCGGCCGACGGCCGACGCCGAGUGCCAGAACGUGGCAAUCUCCGUGGACGCGGUCACUCAGUUCCCCCCAUGCCCGGUGGAGCUGGUGGACGCGGCGACCGCGCCCGCAGAGCGCACCAGCAGCGAACAUCGCCGCAGCGCCAGCGGCUCGGCCGUGGGCUGCUUUGACCUGCCGGUGCCGCUGCGCCCGGAGGACCAAGCAAGUUCGUCAACCCCUGAGGGCGCCAAAGGGCUGUGGUUGAGCUGGGCGCCCGUGGGCCUCCAGGAGCUGGCACCACGAUUGGUGGCCCAAGCGCGGCUCGUGGGGGGUGAAGACCUGGUCUUCGCAGCGAUGGGUGUGAACCGCGCCAACUUUCAGCUGGAGGCGGGCCGCUACGAGCUGCUUCUGAGCUGUGAGCUGGGGCACUGCCAAGCGGAGGUGCUUCGCUGUCCACACCCACGCUGUCAGCAACGCUUCUGGGCGAACGACCUCCAGGCGCACCUGAGCCGCUGUGCUUGGCAGCCGCGCAUGUGCUCGCGCGCGGCGGAUGGCUGCGAUUGGCAGGGCACCAGUGACGAAUUGGAGGAACAUGAGCUGGAGUGUCUGGCCUUGGAGCUCCACUGCCGGCAUCAACACUUUGGGUGUCGAUGGGUGGGCCCCGCGACGGCGGAGUCCCAGCAUCUCAAGGUCUGUGAGGUUCACCAACUCACGACGCUCAUCGAAGAGCUGGACGCCUUGCUCAAUGAGGCGUGUCCUGACUUCCGCCACCCUGAGAUGCUGAAGCAUCUCGCGCGCCUGGCGGAGUACCGACGCUUCGUACGACCGGGCACUUGGAAGGAGUGGAAGAGCGCUGGCAGCUGCUGCAACUGCAUGAAGGUCAUGGACCGGAAGGAGAAAGGCUUGCAGUGCGAGGCUGCCAACUCACACCUUUGUUGGACUUGCAUGCCCAACCACAUCGACUGGAAAAGCCUGAGGGAAGCAAGACCAGGCUCCAAGUGA